AUGGAAGCACCCAAGCCGCCUUCUAUCCAGGCUAGUCCUUCUCUCGGCGAUUCCGAGUCUACAAACACAAGGCAGUUGAAAGAAGGCGAGCCCGGCCUUCAUUCUGAAAUCCCAGGUCUUGAAUUAGCCAAUGACGCCGGUUCUCCAAAUCACAGUUAUACAGAUAGGCUUGAUGAGUCUCAGGAUCGUCCUAGCGGGCUAUCCCUUAGAACCCUCGAGUCUAACAUACCACCGGAAAUAUUGAUAAAGGGUAGCGAGAAAGUUCAUGUGUCCCCUGAACCUAAGGAUCAUGGGCUGCUAACCCCAGAUUUCAAUAACCCUGAAUAUGUAUCGAGGCUUCUUGAGCAGCUCCAAAAUAAGGGCAUACUUAAAGAGCACGGAUACAAGAAAGAAGAUCCUCAAGAAACAGAGAUAACCAAGCUGGAGCCGACCAAUGGUGUGCCUCCCAGCAGGCCCAUGCUUGCCCCCAAUGCCCGAAACUAUUCAACCGACGAUCACGAAAGGCGGCAUUUAAAGCCAUAUGGCUGUACGUUCCCGGACUGUAAUAAGAAGUUUGGCAGCAAAAACGACUGGAAGCGUCACGAGAACAGUCAGCACCUUAUGUUAGAGCACUGGAUAUGUGAUGAAAAGCAAGCAGACAAGUCUUCCGAGUCGUGUGGAAGGAACUUUCCACGACGAGAGUUAUUCAAACACCAUCUUAGUGUACAUCAUCGCAUCACGGAUCAAGAGUUCUUAGACCGUAAGCUUGAGGCAUGCCGCGUAGGACGAAAUCACGAGACCCGCUUUUGGUGCGGUUUCUGCCAGGAGAUAAUUGAAAUCACGAAAGAGGGUAUAGAAGCUUGGACUGAACGGUUUAACCACAUCGACGAUCAUUUUCAGGGUCGCAACAACCGGGCGAAAAAAGAUAUUAACGACUGGAAAGGUGAUUAUCCUCCUCGUUCUGGUUCUACCAAGCCGCAAGCCAACGAUCCAGAAGAUACCGGCAUCACGUCUUCGGGAAUAGUUUCUUCGUCCAACAAUCCCAGUAUAGAUAACAACAAUAGAGUUGGGAAACCACACGCUCGGGGUACAAAUCAAAAGAGAAAAAGAGGUCUUGAGUCGGAAAUGGUGGCUUCCAAGCGUACCGAGAUAGUGGAGGAAAUGACCAUAGUCAUUUGUGUAUGUGAUAUCCCCUCUUCUCUACAACUAGUGGUCUAA